AUUGUCAGAUAAAACGUUGAUCGUGUUUCAGACGGCUCCAUUUCUCUGGAGACGUUGCAGAGGCAGCUUGUUAUGAAAGGAAGAUUAUUGGACCAACGCAGAGCAACACAUGGUUCCAGGUUGAGGUCAGGAUGGGGAACAUCUCACCCAGGGUUCUGGUCUCACUCUUGCUGAACACACUGAUCUGCUGUAGAAAAACUCAAGAUCCUGUGCUGAGUAUUGAUCCCAACUGGUCGACUUUUUAUGUUGGAGAGAUUUUUACAUUUAUCUGUGACAAGAAUGAAGGAAAAGACACUGACUGGUACUACAGGUUAAAAAGGAAUGGUGUAGCAUUUUUUCCCUAUCAGUUAGAAAAACAUUUCAGAGUUGAAGCUCUGUAUACUAGCUAUAGUGGAAAAUUUCAGUGCUGUCGUUUCUGGAGGUGGGGUUCAUCUCACUCAAAGUGCAGUAAGACUGUCACUGUCAGUGUCUCAGCAGAUAGACCCAGUGCUGAACUGACAGCAGGUCCAACAACCAUACCAGUAGGGGGCAGUGUGACACUGAGCUGCUCAGUGGAGCCCUCUGCUGGAUGGAAGUACAGAUGGUUCAGGCGGACCGCAGACACACCUGAAGUUCAAGUCAUAACAAAUGAUGAAGAAAACAGAGAAAUCACUGUGACACAAGGAGGAAUCUAUAAGUGUGAAGGAGAGAGAGGAAAUCCUUCAUUCUACAGUCAUUCAAGCCAAGAGAAAACCAUUGAAAUAAUGUUUUCCAACGAGGUUUUUGUGACUCGACAACCAAACUGGCCUCAGAUCUUCAGUGGUGAGUCGAUCACUCUGACAUGUGAGGUCCAGGGAGGAGAAACCACUGAGUGGACGUGUGACUGGAAGAAAUCUGGGUCAUUUAUGAACAUGACAAAUAGUAAAGACUGGACGUUCACUGUCUCUGAGUCCAGCAGUGGAAACUACACAUGUCAGUGUAGAAGCAGAGAUGAUGGAUUUUCUUCAACACAGUGGAGUGAAACCAUAACAGUAACUGUAUCCAGUUCUGUCGGCUCUUCAUUUCCUGUCAUGUUGAUCGUUGGACCAGUUGUUGGAGUCGUUCUCAUCGUCCUGCUGCUCUUGUUGUGGCGCUGCAGACGGUCCAAAGAUUUGAGCUGCAUCAGAUCAUUUCAGUCUGAAAGCAGCAGCCAGAGGCCGACCAGUAAUCAUGGACUGAACCAGAUUGAAAGCACCACGUCUGUGUAUGAGACAAUCCAGAACCGUGGAGCCACAGGAAACGAGAGACCUCCUGAUCCAGAAGAAGGUUCUGUUUACGAUUAUGUGAGACCAGAUAAUUACAGAUCAGAUUCUGCUGCUUCACAUGAACCUGCUCCAUCCAGUCUGACUGGCUGUGAUGGAAACGGCAGCAGAACAUCUCACAAAUCCAUCAUCAAGCUCAACAUCCUCAUCCUCACUAAAAACACAGCUGCUGCCUGCAGCUGCAACAACCAUUCUCAGAUAAAACGUCGAUCCUGUUUCAGACGGCUCCAUUUCUCUGGAGACGCUGCAGAGGCAGCAUGUUAUGAAAGGAAGAUUAUUGGACCAACGCAGAGCAACACAUGGUUCCAGGUUGAGGUCAGGAUGGGGAACAUCUCACCCAGGGUUCUGGUCUCACUCUUGCUGAACACACUGAUCUGCUGUGGAAAAACUCACGAUCCUGUGCUGACUAUUGAGCCCAACUGGUCGACUUAUUAUGAUGGAGAGAUUGUUACAUUUUUCUGUGACAAGAAUGAACGAAAAGACACUGACUGGUACAAGUUAAUAAGGAAUGGUGACGAAUUUUUUCGUUAUCAGUUAGAUAAACGUUUCAGAGUUGAACCUCUGUAUACUCGCUAUAGUGGAAAAUUUCAGUGCUGUCGUCCAUGGAGGUCGGGUUCAUCUCACCCAAAGUGCAGUAAAACUGUCACUGUCACUGUCUCAGCAGAUAGACCCAGAGCCAAACUGUCAGCAGGUCCAACAACCAUACCAGUAGGGGGCAGUGUGACACUGAGCUGCUCAGUGGAGCCCUCUGCUGGAUGGAAGUACAGAUGGUUCAGGCGGACCGCAGACACACCUGAAGUUCAAGUCAUAACAAAUGAUGAAGAAAACAGAGAAAUCACUGUGACACAAGGAGGAAUCUAUAAGUGUGAAGGAGAGAGAGGAAAUCCUUCAUUCUACAGUCAUUCAAGCCAAGAGAAAACCAUUGAAAUAAUGUUUUCCAACGAGGUUUUUGUGACUCGACAACCAAACGGUUCUCAGAUCUUCAGUGGUGAGUCGAUCACUCUGACAUGUGAGGUCCAGGGAGGAGAAACCACUGAGUGGACGUGUGACUGGAAGAAAUCUGGGUCAAUAAUACAGAGGACAGACAGUAAAGACUGGACUUUCACUGUCUCUGAGUCCAGCAGUGGAAACUACACAUGUCAGUGUAGAAGCAGAGAUGAUGGGUUUUCUUCAACACAGUGGAGUGAAACCAUAACAGUAACUGUGUCCAGUUCUUUACAUCUUGUGCUGCUGAUCGCUGGAUCAGUUGUUGGAUUUAUUCUCAUCAUUCUCCUCGUCUUGUUGUGGUUCUGCAAACGGUCCAAGGGUUUAUUCUGCUGCAGAUGUAAGGCCUCAGAGAGCAGCAGAAACGACGGGGUCAACCAGGCUGGCGGUCGUGAAUCCAGCUCUCCUCUUCAGGAAGUCACUGCAACAUACGCUGAGAUCAACCACCAGGCUAGAGCCAACAGAAAGAAAAAAGGAAGCCCUGCAGCCACAGAUGGAACGGUUUAUUCUGGCAUCAGGUCAGGAGCAGCUCUGGACAUAUGCAUCUUUGUGGGGUUCCUACCUAAUGGGUGUAAUAUCUCUGCUCCUCCAGCAGAUGUCGAGGUCACUCGAUUAAAACUACUGAAUAUACUCCGUUGGGGUGGACUAGCUGAAGAUGUUGUGCUGACAACUGAGCCCAACUGGUCCACGUUUUAUUUGGGAGAGUCCAUUACCUUCAGAUGUUACGUGAACGGGGGAGAAGAGACUAACUGGGAAUACCUGGUUACCAGGAGGAGUCAAGACACGUUUCCCUACGACUCACAGAAAAGCUACACAUUAGAAGAUCUGAAGAUAGCUGAAUUCAAGUGCUCUGCUUGCAGGAGAGGAGUCUGUAAAAAGAGCGAAACUAUCUCUUUGAUUGUUUUAGUAGAGGAGAAACCCAGAGAUACGCUGACAGCAGGUCCAACAACCACACCAGUAGGGGGCAGUGUGACUCUGAGAUGCUUCAUAGAGAGCUCCGCUGGCUGGAAAUACAGAGGGUUGAGACGGAUUUCAGGGAGCCGUGAAACGAUCAGCGCAGCAUCCAACGAGGUUUUUGUGACUCGACAACCAAACUGGCCUCAGAUCUUCAGUGGUGAGUCGAUCACUGUGACAUGUGAGGUCCAGGGAGGAGAAACCACUGAGUGGACGUGUGACUGGAAGAAAUAUGGGUCAAUAAUACAGAGGACAGACAGUAAAGACUGGACUUUCAGAGUCUCUCAGUCCAGCAGUGGAGAUUAUAUGUAUCACUGUAGACGUAGAGAUGACUGGUAUUCUUCAAAAAGGUGGAGUGAAGCCUUCAAACUGUCUGUUGCAGUUUCCAACAAGGUUUUUGUGACUCGACAACCAAACUGGCCUCUUGUCUUCAGUGGUGAGUUGAUCACUCUGACAUGUGAGGUCCAGGGAGGAGAAACCACUGAGUGGACGUGUGACUGGAGGAAAUCUCGGUCAUUCAUACACAGGACAAACAGUAAAGACUGGACGUUCAUUGUCUCUGAGUCCAGCAGUGGAGACUACAUGUGUCAGUGUAGAAGAAGAGAUGACGUGUAUUCUCCAACAAGGUGGAGUCAAGCCAUCAAACUGUCUGUUGCAGCUGUAAGUGUCUUCCACACAGACUGUGUUGGGGAAAUUCCUGGGGAUCUGGGAAUCACCAGACCUACCAGCCCUUGUCCCUGUGCUGCUCAACAAGGGAAACCACAGGUCCAGUUGAGUGUAAACAGCCUGAAGAUACCGGGCAGAGUAGCUCUGAGCUGCUCAGUGUCUCCAUCAUCAAUUGGCUGGAAAUAUUACUGGUACAGAGAUGAGAAAUCUGCUGAACCUCUGACGACACAAGAACCCGUUUUCUCUCCAAAUGAACUGAUGAGCGUCUCAGAGAAAAGCCUGUACUGGUGCAGAGGAGGAAGAGGAGAUCCAGUGUACUACACAGACUACAGUAAUCCCAUCACAAUCAGUAAUAAUGUAACUGUAUCCAGUCCUGUCAGCUCUUCAGUUCGUGGGAUGUUGAUCGUUGGACCAGUUGUUGGAGUCGUUCUCAUCAUCCUCCUGCUCUUGUGGAGCCGUUACAAAUGGCCCUUGGAUUUGUGCAGCAUCAGGUCAUUUCAGUCUGAAAGCAGCAGCCAGAGGCCGACCAGUAAUCAUGGACUGAACCAGACUGAAAGCGAUUACAGCUCUCUGCUGCAUGGCACCACGUCUGUGUAUGAGACAAUCCAUAACCGUGGAGCCACUGGAAACGCAGAUAGACCCAGAGCCAAACUGACAGCAGGUUCAACAACCAUACCAGUAGGGGGCAGUGUGACACUGAACUGCUCAGUGGAGCCCUCUGCUGGAUGGAAGUACAGAUGGUUCAGACAGACCUCAGAUACACCUGAAGUUCAGGUCAGAACUAAUAAUGAAGAAAACAGAGAAAUCACUGUGACACAAGGAGGAAUCUACAGGUGUGAAGGAGAGAGAGGAAAACCAGAAUCCUACAGUGAAUCAAGUGACGAGGUCACCGUCCAGAUAAGCUGUUUUUGUGACUCGACGACCAACCGGCCUCUUAUCUUCAGUGGUGAGUCGAUCACUCUGACAUGUGAGGUCCAGGGAGGAGAAACCACUGAGUGGACGUGUGACUGGAGGAGAUCUGGGUUGGCCACUCACAGGGCAUAUGGUAAAGACUGGACUCUCACACUCCCUGACUCCAGUAGUUUAGACUACAUGUGUCGCUGUAGGAGAAGAGAUGACUGGUAUUCAUCAACGAAGUGGAGUGAAGCCAUCACUCUGUCUGUAUCAGAUAAACCCAGAGCCAAACUGACAGCAGGUUCAACAACCAUACCAGUAGGGGGCAGUGUGACACUAAGAUGCUCAGUGGAGCCCUCUGCCGGAUGGAAAUACAAAUGGUUCAGGCGGACCGCAGACACACCUGAAGUUCAUGUCAGCACUAAUAAUGAAGAAAACAGAGAAAUCACUGUGACACAAGGAGGAAUCUACAGGUGUGAAGGAGUGAGAGGAAAUUCUGGAUUCUACACUGAACCAAGCGAUAGUGUCACUAUCCAGAAAAGCUUUUCCAACGAGGUUUUUGUGACUCGACAACCAAACUGGCCUCAGAUCUUCAGUGGUGAGUCGAUCACUCUGACAUGUGAGGUCCAGGAAGGAGAAACCACUGAGUGGAUGUGUUACUGGAGGAUAUCUCGGUCAUUCAUACACAGGACAGACAGUAAAAACUGGACUUUCACUGUCUCUGAGUCCAGCAGUGGUGAUUAUAUGUGUCUGUGUAGAUGCAGAGAUGAUGGGUUUUCUUCAACACAGUGGAGUGAAGCCUUCAGACUGUCUGUAUCAGGUAAACCAAAGGCCCAGUUGAGUAGUAAUAGCAGAGAGAUGCCAGCAGGAGGCAGUGUGACACUGACCUGUGUAGUGGACUCAUCGUCAUCUGGUUGGAAAUAUUUCUGGUACAAAGAGCGAGACUCCUCAGAGCCUCUGACCGGAGAAGAAGCUGUUUUCCCUUCAAAUGGACAAAUGAGCGUCUCAGAGGAAGGACUGUACUGGUGCAGAGGAGGAAGAGGAGAACCAGUUUACUACACAGACUACAGUGACAGAAUCAGCAUCACUAAGAAUGUAACUGUGUCCAGUCCCGCCAGCUCUUCAUUUCCUGUGAUGUCUGUUAUUGGACCAGUUGUUGGAAUCAUUCUCAUCAUUCUCCUCCUCUUGUUGUGGCGUUACAGACUGUCAAAGGGUUUGUCCUGUCUCAGGUCAUUUCAGUCUGAAAGCAGCGACCAGAGGCCGACCACUAAUCAUGAACUGAACCAGACUGAAAGUGAUUACAGCUCUCUGGCGCAUGGCACCAGUUCUAUCUAUCAAAUUAUCCGUCCGCGCGGAGCCGCUAUAAACGAAGAAGUUCUGGCAUACACAAAGAGAAGAGAGAGAUCUCAUCAUCCAGAGGAAAGUUCUGCUUAUGUCAAUAUACCAGGACAUAACAUCUCAGCCUGAAGGUCAUAUGAGAAAAUGCUCCUACCACAUUUAAAAGUUCUACUUACAGUUCUGAUUUUUGACAUGAAUUUACCACCGUAUCCCAGCUGCCUUUAUUUUCUAGCAAAAUUUACUGACAAUAAUCACAUUGCUGCGUUUAAAAAAAAAAUUAAAAAAAAGUAUCCUGUGAUCUGCCUUGUAAGCUGCAUGCUGUGCUGGUUUAUUCUGCGCUGUAAUCUAAUCUAAUAACUCAAAUAUGAGCUGAUUUAAUCCAGUUAUAUCUCUGCAACAGUCACUUAUUACAAAGAUUCAUAAAAUGAAAUAAGAAAAUUGCUGUCAUCAUUCUAACUGAGCAUUUGUAGCUUUUCCGCUUUUCUUCUGUAUGGAGUAAAAACAAUAUUUGCACAGUUUGAAUAUUGUGGUGCUUUUAUUGUUCCUUUUGUGGUAAUGAUGUGAGAAUAAAGCCUCUGGAGCAUUUUGAAAUGUUAA